GUCUAUACAUUUAUACGUUUAUGAUUGUGAGCUUUUAGCUUGCCAUCAUCGCCAUCUGGCGAUCCAGUUGUGCGAUUCUCGGCUGUCCUGCAUAAUCCUGAAGGAGUGGAGAAUGUAGCAGAGUGUAGCGGAUGCUACCCUUCUGCGAGAUCGGGACGAGAAGCAGUUAGCAAUUGCAUCGUUCGUGCCGUUGCGUUAUCGCGAUAGCGAUAUAAAGGCAGGGUGGGCGGAUCGCGACGCGUACGUUUCAUCGACAGGUCGAUGAUCAACAAUCACGCGUCCCGCUCCUGCGAGCUCGAAGGGUGAAGGGCCGUGAUGUUGAGAUUCUUGUCGCGACGGAGGGCGCGCAGCGUCAGCGGCCAGACCGCUUCGUCGCAGAUCAAAAAUCAGAGAUUACCCAGCAACAAGAAUAUCGUGCAGUGUAGGGUGGUGCUGCUGGAUGGCACGGAUUUACCUAUAGAGUUGUCAAAAAAGGCCUUGGCUGGUGACUUAUACGAACAAGUAUUUUAUAGCUUAGACUUAAUAGAGAAAGAUUAUUUUGGAUUGCAAUACACAGAUAGUAAUAAUGUUCAACAUUGGUUGGAUCCAACAAAACCUAUUAAAAAGCAAGUUAAAAUAGGACCGCCAUACACACUUAGACUAAAAGUAAAGUUCUAUUCAUCGGAACCAAAUACACUGCGUGAGGAGUUAACACGAUAUCAAUUCUUUUUGCAAUUAAAGCAAGAUAUUUUGGAAGGCAAGCUUCAGUGUCCUCAUCAGGUCACAGUUCAAUUAGCUGCUCUGGCUCUUCAAUCUGAACUAGGAGACUAUGAUCCCACUAUGCAUAGCGCCGCAACUGUCUCGGAAUUCCGUUUCGUGCCAGGCCAAACAGAGCAGAUGGAAUUGGAGAUAUUAGAGGAGUAUAUCAAAUGUAGCGGUCUCAGUCCAGCUCAAGCGGAAUCUACUUAUCUUAGCAAAGCCAAAUGGCUGGAUAUGUAUGGCGUUGACAUGCACACCGUCCUCGGAAAGGAUGCCUGCGAGUACUCUUUGGGAUUAACUCCAACUGGAAUUCUGGUUUUCGAAGGCACGCAGAAGAUAGGGCUCUUCUUCUGGCCGAAAAUUGGCCGUUUGGAUUUUAAAAAGAAGAAACUGACGCUGGUGGUCGUAGAGGAGGACGAUGAAGGCAGGGGCGAGCAGGAGCACACGUUCGUGUUUAGACUGGUGAACGAGAAGGCCUGCAAGCAUCUGUGGAAAUGCGCGGUGGAGCAUCACGCUUUCUUCCGUCUGCGUGCGCCGGUCAAGGGAGCCAACGGCCGUCAAAACUUCUUCCGCAUGGGUUCGCGUUUCCGUUAUAGCGGUAAGACGGAGUUUCAGACGACGCAGCUAAAUAGAGCACGCCGCACCGUGCAAUUCGAACGACGACCAAGUCAAAGGUAUGCGCGACGACAGAGUCACGUUCUUCGCGAGCGACAGCGUCAACAGCAGCAAGUAGAACCACUACAACCAUCACCACCGCCAGCCGAGGAAGAACCUUUGCAGCGUCAACCGAGUCGAUCCAGUACAAAAUCCAGUACGGACUCGUCGAGCGUUCAGGGCACAUCGUCGCCUUUGGUAGAUUCCUUGCUGAAAUCUCUCGCCAAAGAUCAACAACCUUUGGAAGCCAGGAACCAGACGACGGUUGUCAGUAGCGAGAAGGAAUCAGAGCCUAUGAAGACCAGUUUAACGGUCGAAACUAUCACCAGUCAAGUGCAGUUAGUGCCUAACAAUCAAGUGGGUGGAACGUUGUCGUUGCCCCCUCGAACGCCGAUUCCGCCGGAAUCUUUGAAGUGUAACAUACUGAAAGCAACUCUCGAACAGGGCAAGAACUCGAAUUUGGUUUCCAUCACGUCCGCAGACGGAUCGGGAGCGAUCGCAAAGAAGAAUCAGCACUCGGAUGCUGCGACCAUCGUCUCCGUGGGCGGCGAUAAACUGACUCUCUCCGUGAGCGGCGCGACGACAGCGGUAAAUAAUCCUUCUACAGAUGAUGCUGUAACCGUAACGCAUUUCUCGCUGGACAGUUGGGGACAGAUCGAACAAAAGACGACACCUUUAAGUCCGAAAGUGUCGAAUCAAUCGCAAAAUCCUUUCAAUCCAUUCACUAACGACACUAGCAAUGACACAUCUAAUACACACGAAGUAGCUUCCGAGGAGGAAGCGAAGCCGGAAGACGAUAAGAAAAAGAAUACCAAUCCGUUCAUAGAUUCGAAUCCGUUCUUGGGCAUACUCAAUCCCUUCAAAGAUUUACAGCCAGUUACAACGGAGAAGAAGGUCGAGACGGAUACGGAAAAAGCCGGAGCACGUGUCGUUAAAACAGAAGAGAUACAGACGACUACUACGACACUCACACACAAGGAUGAAAGUCAAGCGGCGUCAGACAUUAGUCCCUGGUUGGUGGCGGAUCCGUCGCAGAGUCCAACGCCUGAUCAAACACCAACUAAACAUACAGUCAUCACGAGAAAAACGGUAAUUACCACACAGUUAUAAAAUAUUUAUUAAGUACAAAGGAAAUAUAAUGUUGAUGUACAAUACGCGAGAAAAUAGUACGAACAUGUAUAUUUACUCUGAUCUUCCUCGGACUGCCUGCAUCUCUUUUACUCGAUGCGCUUAUAGAAUGCAUAAUGUUAGUGACAUGACGAUUAAAAUUGGGCACACAAAAAUGAACUACUUAUUAAAAAAAUACUUUUCAUCCGAAAGGAUUCUAAGUUGUACUUAAAUAUGCAAGAGUAGCUACCAUUGGGAAGGCAUUGCUUAAGUCAUUAUUAUAAAUUUCUGUGUCGGUUAAUAAGGGUCAUUUUAUGACGACCACACAAGGAUUUGCAUUACGAAGCAAAUUUCUAUGUAUAGCACCAUAAACAUUCCUUAAUUCUACAUAACGCGUGUUAAGCUAACAUCUUAAACUUACGCGUUGCUAAAAUAAGUGUCCUUAUCGCCCCUGCCAAUAUAUAUUGUAAGUAUAUAAGCAAGAGGUCUAUUCGUUUUAACUAUACGCGUUUUCUUUUUGCAAUUUGAUAUUAUUUUCUUU